GCCUCACGCUACUGCUCUGCCAUCAGCAUGGACUCCUCUCCUGACAGCGUGGAGCGACCCAUCAGCUACAGCUCCACGUCCUCCUCUGCCUCCUCCCGGGACAGUCACUGCUCACUUGGCAGCCGAUCCACGCUUGUUGCAGCCCCUCACUGUAACCCCAUCACCUUGGACCGUUACUCUGGGGCAAUUCGGCUGGAGCUGGUCCCCGCGAGGCAACUGGGAUGUGAAGAGAAAGACGACAGAAAUGAUGGAGGAGGCCGAGGGAGCAACAGACAGACUGUAACAGAGCAUUCAGAGCCUGAGCAGAGGCCAGAAGGAGGAGAGAGGAUGGGCUCUGUGCAGGGCCCCAGGACGUAUGUGGACCGGGUUGUACAAGAGAUUAUGGAUACAGAGAGAACCUAUGUUCAGGACCUGCGCAGCAUAGUAGAGGACUACUUGGAGUGCAUCAGUAAUCAGUCUCGACUGGCCUUGAGCUCUGAGGAUAAAGGUUCACUUUUUGGCAACAUCCGUGACAUCUAUCACUUCAACAGGGACCUUCUUCAUGAUCUUGAGAAGUGCAAUGCAGACCCUGUGGCCAUAGCAGAGUGCUUUGUAUCCAAGAGCGAAGAGUUUCACAUUUAUACCCAGUAUUGCACUAACUACCCACGGUCAGUGGCUGUGCUCACUGAAUGCAUGAGGAACAAGGCGUUGGCCAAGUUUUUUCGUGAGCGCCAGGAAUCUCUGAGACACUCCUUACCCCUCGGCUCCUACCUGCUCAAGCCAGUGCAGCGGAUCCUUAAGUACCACCUCCUGUUGCACGAGAUAGCCAACCAUAUGGAGAAGGACACAGAGGUCUACGAGGUUGUGCAGGAAGCCAUCGAAACCAUGCAGAGAGUGGCCUGGCACAUCAAUGACAUGAAGAGGAAACACGAGCACGCUGUUAGGCUGCAGGAAAUCCAAAGCCUCCUGACCAACUGGAAGGGUCCCGAUCUGAUCGGCUACGGGGAGCUCGUUCUUGAGGGAACGUUUCGUCUGCAGAGAGCCAAAAACGAAAGAACCCUCUUCCUGUUCGACAAGCUGCUGUUGAUUACCAAAAAACGAGAAGAGACGUACACGUACAAGGCUCACAUCCUGUGCUGCAACCUGAUGCUGGUGGAAGUUAUCCCCAAAGAGCCACUCAGUUUCAGUGUAUUUCAUUACAAGAAUCCCAAGCUGCAGCAUACAGUCCAGGCCAAAUCCCAGCAAGACAAGCGCAUGUGGAUCUUACACCUCAAAAGACUCAUACUUGAAAACCAUCCUGCCAAAAUUCCUGCCAAGGCCAAACAAGCCAUUUUGGAAAUGGAUGCAAUACAUCAUCCUGGUUUUCACUACAGCCCUGACAGCGACAAAAAGGACUCUCCUCAAACUAAGGAAGGCCCCACUCCUCGUAGAGGACGCAGAAAAGAGCCCCUCUCCAAAUUACUGAAGAAUGCGAGGCAGAAUGCUGCCAACACCGAUGGUGAAAAAAGAAGCAGUUUAGGUGCCAGCCUGCUCUCUCCCGUGUCCCAGCUGGCUCUGGGCACUAUAGGCCGCAGCCGGAGUCUAAUCAACCAAUCACAGGAGUCCCUGGAUCCUGGAGACCACUAUGAUCACAGCGAUAGGGAGGAAGGAGAUGAAUCCCAUCAGCAGGAUGCUGAUGAUGAAGAUGACAGUGGUUUGGGAGGUGGAAAGAGGCUGAGAGUUCCUGGCAAAGGCAGCAGGAAGAGGCUGAACCCUCAAGCGUCUGUUGACAGCAUUGAGCAGUGGAAAACUUUCAACAUGAGCGCUUCAGACCUGCAGAGAGCCAGAGAAUCCUUAGUGAGGGAAGGAAGCCACCACCCACCGCUCCGCAGGACGCCUCGCGUGACUGAGGAACCUCCAGACUCCCCCGUUCCCUCUGUUAUAGUCACAGAAACUGAUCAUUCAGUGCAGAACAUUUGGGCGGACCAUCGGGCUCGCAGGGCCAUGUUCCCCACCCGCCAGAGAACGAUGCAGCCUGACGACGAGGACGAGGACAUCUACCAGAUGUUUGUCCCUACAGAACCGAGCGCAGCAGAGCCAGAGGUGGCCUCUGAGAGGACAGAGACCACCUCCUCGCCCAGAACAGCCCGACCCUGCAGCUGGCAUGUGGAACAGGUGCCCGCGGUGCAGGUGGACCCUCCAUCUGAUGGUAGCAGAGUCCUGCGGAGGGCGAGCAGCGCAGGAGAGAAGGCUACAGAUGCUCGAGAGAACACCCACCAUGAUCAGGCUGAUCUCAGCAAUCUGGAAGCAAUUCAUACGGAAUCGUCCAGUAACGACAUUUCUGGGUCGUCCUCAGCCGAGCAGCUCACCAUAGAUGAUCUUGAAAAUGUUUAUGAUAAUAUCAGCUAUGAGGAUCUGAGGAGCAUGGGUUUCAUCAGGAGGGACAUUGAUGAAAGCCAGAUGCAGAAAGAGACGUCUUCAAAUGGUCAGGCUGUUCAGGCGACACGAGGAGAAAGUGCUCCAGCGGUCGGAGACUCGCUGAUUGGGCCAGACAGUUCAUCAGAGAGCAACCGGUCCUCCACGCAGGAGCUGAAGCCGUGUGGGAACUUUGAGCUCCAGAUAGCAGAGGAAAACAUUUAUGACACCAUCUGUUUUAUGGAGCCACCAUCGGCUGUGAGUGAACGGGCUGAGCAGAAACAAGAGAGGGACGGUGAACAAGAAGGUUACAGAGGCUUUUUUCCAGAGGAGAGUCUCAGCGUUGAAAAGAAUGAAGCACCAGAGGCUUCCAGUUGUGUCCCACAUUCCUCGGAGCCAGAUUACUCUUCCUCUCCUACUGGAACUUUUCUUCAGAAUACAGAAAAGAUGUCGGAGAACAGUGAUGAGAUUUGGACCGACUUCGAAAACUACAUCAAGAACAAUGAGAAGAAAGCUGAUCGACUUCCUGCUGCAUUCCCUGUGAGUGCCAAGGAGUCAUCUAAGAAGGCCUCAUCUGUCAGAAACAGCCCUACAAAGAGUCCUCCGGUGGUUAGUUCUCACACCAUCAGCCCCCCAUCACAUCAGCCUAAACCUCCACCUGUCACCUCCACGCCUUCAUUCACCAUCCCAGUUAUCAACCUUCCUGAACUUCAGAGUGAAAGCACCGCUGAGGAAGAACACCACAGUCUGUCUCCUGCGUCCCGCCCCCUUCCUGUCACCCCAGAGCCCCCCACAGGCACGGUGAAGAGCAUCCGAAAGAGACUGGCCCGGCUCAGCAGCGGCAGCUUCCGACUAGAGGAUGACGAUCUGGUGGAGCUUCCUCAGAGAAACGCCUCUCAGAGAGACGGCGCCUUCAAGGACCUCCAGCGUCUGUUUCCAGGGGAGCUGGCAGGACUGGACUCCCCACUGGUGUCCUCCUCCCUCCUGCUGGGUGAGUCUGUGGACUUCCCCCUGGAGCUGAUGGACAAAACCAAGAGCCGCGUGUUCUUGAUGGCCCGACAGUACAGCCAGAAAAUCAAGAAGGCCAACCACCUGCUGCGCAUGAGGAGCAUGGACCCUGGAGACGCCUGCAGUCGGAGCAGAGCGGAGAAGAAACAGAUAGACCUCGCUGCCAUCUUAGAGGAGAAGAAACAAGGAGGUGCAGCUAUAGGUGCAAGGAUAGCUGAAUACUCUCAGCUCUACGACCAGGUGAUGUUUAAAGAUUCCCUCGGUUCUGCAGGUCAGACCCCUGCCCCCCAACAUCACCCCCACCCAGGGCUGCCGUCCUCCCCGUCGAUGCCAGAGACCUCCCUGGAGGAGGACUGGCUGCUGUCCACCUACAGCAACGGAGAGCUGGCGAGCUUCAUGUCCUCCUCCAGUGAGGCUCAGACCAGCUCCGGCUCUCAGCGCAGACUCACCCACACCUGCUCCAUCCCUUCUCUUAAGGCCACCCCUCCCUCCCCCACUGCUCCGGCACCGCAGAGGUGGAGCUCGUGCAUUUCGGCGCCGAACGACGAGGAGGAGCACGUGUACAGUACCAUUAAAAGACAUCCUUCCUUUAAUGCUCCCUCCUCAAAACCUUCCCCGGCAGGUCGGUGUCAGUCAGCCGGCUUUUUAAGCAGCACCCAGCAGGAGAAUCACCACCAGUCUGGAUUCAGGUGGAAAGGACCCGAUGUGGAUCGAAACCCUGACAGACUCCGCGGCCCCAGUCUGGGUCGAGCCGGUCGGCAGAGCAGCCUCCCAGAGCAGUUCUCUCUGGGCCAGCCGGACCUCACCUUACAUGAUGGCCAACAGGUCAUAGUCCUGAACCGGGAUUCUGCUCGGAGCGCCACCCAGAACUACCUGGCCAACUUCAAGGACAACGGGGAGGAGGACGACGACUACGUAGAGAUCCGCUCGGAGGACGAGAGUGAAGCAGAGCGGAACCGGGUGGGCCAAGGGAACAGCAGCUCAGCGGCCCCUCCUGCUCAGAACCGAGCUCUCGUCCAGUCUCGGAGUCUGCCGUGCACUCCGGCCCACUCCUGCGACCCGUUGAGGUCUUCUCUGGACCACGAGCAUCUGGAAAAGUACCUGUGGAGCGAGCCGCAACAGAACCAACCCAACAUCGUCCAGUCACUGAGGGAGAAGUUUCAGUGUCUGAGCUCCAGUAGCUUCGCCUAGGAACUGUAGCUCUGUAGAUCUAUGAGCACGAGGGCCAGGGCUGCUCCACCUGCAGCGCCCCACAUCUGCUGAACGGUUCUUUGAUCGCAACCACGUUUGUAGAGAAACGAGACCAAACUUUGUGUUAAAACGCUUCAACAUUAUAGGCUGCUGGUGGUAAUGGCCAAUGACGUCAAAGCCUGAACGAGAGCACUUCCAGAGUUCUGGGCUCUAGUUUGACUGAAUGGAUUCUUUUUUAA